AUGGCUGCCGACCUGAAAUCCCUUGUUUCGGAGCUCCACAAGGCUCUGGAGCACAAGCAACUCGACGCCGCCAACAACCUCCUCAGUCAAGCCAAGCGCGCCCUCCUCCUCCAGAACGCACUGGUCCCGACCGCAUCCACAUCUCCACAACUUGUGGCUUUGGCGCGGCAGGUCCUCGAGCUGGGCGCUCUCGCCGCCAUCCGACAGACUGACGCACAGGCCUUCACACGGUACUACCAGCAACUGCAGCCGUUCUACGACCUUGAGCGGGAUGCAGGCACGCCCGGCUCAAAUGCAUCCAAGAUGGAUUUCAGCACCAGCCAGCGCAGCAAGAUCACGGGGCUGUACCUGCUCCUCCUGUUGAGUAUGGGCGACAGCGCGAACUUCCAUACCGUGCUGGAGGGAUUGGUCGAGGAGGCUAUUUUGAAGGGCGGUCGUAUCGAUGAUGAUGCCUACAUCAAGUAUCCGGUUGAUCUGGAGCGGAACUUGAUGGAGGGGAGCUAUGAUAAGGUGUGGCGGGAGACCAAGUCGGAGCGGGUUCCCUCCGAAGACUUUGGGUUGUUUUCGAAUGUUCUCAUCGGCACCAUCCGCAGCGAAAUCGCCGACUGCUCCGAAAAAGCAUAUCCAUCCCUGCCCAUCUCCAAUGCCAAGAAUCUCCUCUUCCUCGAGUCGGAGGGUGCUGUCAUCGAGUUUGCCCAGCAGCGCGGCUGGAUUCUUCGUGACGGCCGGAUAUAUUUCCCCGUUGAGCCUGAAGCUGCUGCCCGGUCCGAGAAAGAUAUCCUGGUGGCCAGCGGCACAGUUAUUGAGAAUACGCUAGGCUACGCCCGGGAGCUGGAGACAAUUGUCUAA